UCCCAUGAUGCAAUUCAGCUGGAGCAAAACGCCAUUUUAGUGGUUGUUUGCUGUCGUUGUUAAUGUUUCGAUUUGAUUGCGAUGUUGUGUUGUAUUGAUAGAAAGAAAAAUAUUUCAUUGAAAUCUAGUUACUGCUUAUAUUCUACUGUGAAUUUAAUUGUUCUUAACAGCAUUAUCUAAUUUUCUUAGUUGAAUUGACGUAUGAAUGUUGAAGGUCAACUUUUCUUCAAUUAGGUGUAUUAAAAUUUGAUUUGGAUACCCAAGUAGGAGGUUUAAAUGACCAGAAUUCUUCGUCUUUAUUUUUUGCUUUUAUUGUGACGCUACAAGUAAAGUAGUUUUUAUGAUUUUUAUUCAAAAAAUGCUAAUUUAACGAAUGUUUCAAAUGAAUUUGUCUUGAGUUAUAAGACAAUAAGGCCAUUUAAGCCUCUUACUUGGCUGCUUUAAUUGUCAGAACUCGCUUUUGUAUUCUACUGUAAAGAAGUUGCUUUGGGAUAUACCCAAAAACAUCCGAGAUGGGGACCAGGAUACCUUCAGAUAAGAUAAAUUUGCGUUUAAUUCUUGUGAGUGGCAAGACAAAAGAAUUUCUAUUUAGUCCCAGUGACUCUGCUGCAGAUAUUGCUCAGCAUGUAUUUGAGAAUUGGCCCAUAGAAUGGUCUGCAGAAGCUGUUUCCAAAGCAGAAAUAUUAAGACUAAUAUAUCAGGGCAGAUUUCUACAUGGCAAUGUCACUCUUGGUGCCCUGCAAUUGCCAUUAGGAAGAACGACUGUGAUGCAUCUCAUUCCAAGAGAAAAUUUACCAGAACCCAAUUCUCAAGAUCAACGACAUAAAAGUAAGGAGAGAAGCAGUGGCUGUUGUAGUUCAACUUGCACAAUAUUAUAGGCUGUGCCAAUAUAUUCUUCAUUCUAUUUUCCCAAGAUAUGUUGCAGUCACAAUAGGUGGGGGCAGAAUUUCAAAGACUGGUAUCUGUUCCUGGUCAGAAGUAUUUCCCGUAGCAUCAUCUCACCUAAUUGAAAGGCUAGAAAAACUGUGGUCACGGGUUCAAGCUAGUCUCUUUAUUUUCAGUUAUUAAUCCAGCACUUGUUUUUGUCUGCAUUGUGCCUUUUCUUUUAUUUCAAUUUGUUACAUCAGGGCACCAAUAAGUCAAUCAUUAUUAGUAUCAUGCUUAGAAAAUUUUUGCACUGGCAUAUCUUAUUAUGGAGGAUCUCUCUUAAUAUGGAAGAUAGGUUCUUCCUAGGGUGGGAGAGGAAUUGAAAAAAAAAAAGUUAUUUUUCUUUGGCAUUACUCAUUUUAAUUUUAUUAAAGUGCUUCUCAUUUUUCAUCCACAAAAGUAUUUAUCAAUUCUUGAAAAAAAAAAAAAAAUGGAUGUACUUGAAAUCAUUAGUAAUGGAACUGUAGUUUAACGUGUGGAGUUGGAAUAUUUUACUGAUCUUAAUCUCUACAGAAACCAUUCCAGAAAUUUAUUAGAAUUAGAAUAUGAAAUAAAAGAACUAUGAACUCUUGCAGUGUUGCUGCAUCUGAUGUAUGUGUGAAUACUGAACAUAGAACAAAGUGCUUGUUAGUGACUUGUACAUAAUUUACAUAUUUGUUCCUUGAAAAAUACAGCUACUCUGUUGUAGAGGGCUGUUGUAUAUGUAGAAUAAUUAAUACUACAAAAAAUGAGGGAAGUUCUGUAGCAGUGGCAUAUACAUUAAACUAACUUAAAUCAUUUUUUAGUGUUGUUUGUUCAAAAAUUUUACUUUUGAAUCCAAUUUUAGCACUGAUUAUGACUGUAUUUUGUUUUUUGUAGCAUUCAUAUUGUACAAGUAUCUAUGUAAAAUGAUUUUAAUCCCUCUUUUUAGCAAGCAUAUAUAUCUUAAUAUAUAUAUGAUCUUGUAGCUGUACAAUUGUGUUUUAACUUGUUACAUGCCAUUGCCUGUAUUUGUUGACAAUAUAGUGAUCUGUUUGUGCAUUGUACAAAAAAACUUCUGAAGAGUUUACUAUUGUUAACACUAUUCUGAGGACUGCCAGGUAGGAUUUUUAUGCUUUAUUGUGUAACAUCCAUGCUUCACUUGUUAGAUCUGAUUAGAAAAUUGUAUAAAGUUUAUCUUUUGUUUUUCUUUAUGAGUUUAGGAAAUUAAGUACAGUGGAGUAUUGAUCAUCUGGCAAAUAACCUGGGUCCUAAUAUACCAGGCUAAGAAAUAAUAUUGUAUUACAAAAUUAUUUAAUAUUUUAGAGAGAAUGUCUGCAUUAAAAAGGUGGAUGGGGGACAAAUAAAACUGUAUUACUAUGAAAUAAGAAACCCUGAUGUUCAUUGGUUUCUGACUUUAAACUGAAAUUUAAAUUUAAACUGAAAUGGUAAGAUUUUUACUUUUGGAUUGAGAUUUAUUCAAAAUAUUGAUUGAUUUUUAAUCAUGUUCCUAAAAAAUCUUGUUAACAAUAUUUUUUUAUUAUAUAUUACUGCAUCUAUGUUUUGACUGGUAUAUCUGGCAUCCUAAGUCAUAUAUAUAUCUUACUAUACAAUUUGAAUGAAUAAAAUUCUCUAUGCUGCUUAUUUCUUCAAAUAUGUUUACAUUUUAUAAAGUAUAUGACAUUUCAUGUGCAUUAAAAUUAGGAUUAUCAGUGCUCUACUGUAUCAAGAAAUGCAUUUUAUUUUUGUGCAUGUGUUUUUCUCACGCACUUAAGACGAGUUUGUCUUGCAAACGAUUUCAAUCUCAUCUUUUUGCAUUUUUUGUAGCAGCUUUCAGGUAAUGCUGUGGCAUUGCUUUCAUUAAAUCUGUUAACUUGAUUGGUUGCAAUACUUUGAAUGAACUGUGGAAGUGAAUUAAAAAAAAAAGCGAUUUAUGUAUCCCAGCGGUGUAAUUAGUAUGUAAAUAAAUAUAUUGUAUGUUUUGGAAUUGUAAAGUUUUGAGCCUUUGUAAAUAGAAUUAUAGCUUAAAUGUGUGUGUAACUUACAGAGCACUUUGUUAGAAACGUCCUUUCCCUCCAUUGUAGUCCAGAGACAGAGUUUCUGUAUGCAACAUUGUUAAAUGGAGCCUAAUUCUGUGUGCCAUUUUAACACCUUUCAUCUUAAUAAAGUAAAAUUCACAAAA